CUGAAACCACACACACACACACACACACACACACACACACACACACACACACACACACACACACACACACUCUCUCUCUCUCCCAUUUUCCCAUUUUGCACACGCACUUGGCACAUUCCCCAGCAGUCUCUCCAACACAUUCCCCCACUAUGUCUCUCCAGGCCAUCUGCUCCAACAUACUUUGAAACAAGGAGGGGAAAAAACACAGUCAUCAUCAGCCUGUCAGACAGCAGCUGGUGGAAAGAGGGGAAAGAGGUUGGACGAAUGCCAGAGGAUGUAUGAUGUUUUCAGACUACAGUUACCAGAAUCGUCUCUUCUCACUGUGGCCUGAUGCACUACAGUCAUAAAACCAGGCACAGACCCAACUCAUCUGUUGUAUUGUGUUGCUCAAAUAAAGAUAGAGGCUAAGAUCUAUUUCUUUCGAAGACAAUAAUAUGCACUACAAUAAAAAGAUGGAAAAGGGAAAAGAACCAUAUUGUGUAACCCAAAUGUAAUGCAGAUUAGCCAGAAAAUAUGACUAAUACUGUAUUUUGCUUCUAUUAUACCCGUACCAUAUACCUAGAAUGACUGGCGUCUAGUGAUGAUGAUGAUUAUGUUGACAGGGGUGAUGGUCAUGAUGAUUAUAGUAGGGGUGAUGGUGAUAAUGAUGUUAGGACGAUCAAAAUGACAACUAUUGUUAUGACUGUUUUUAAAAAUGAAUUUUUUUCUUCUAAUUGAGAAGGAUGGAGAGCAUGUCAGACAUAGACCCUUCUGACAUAAUCUCCAACCUGAGUUAUAAUACCUAAUUGUUUUCCCCAAAAUAAAUUUGGAGUUGACAAUGUUUACAUCAACUAUACUUUUUGUACUCUCAUCUCUCUUGACUCACUGAAUGUGACAGUGAUUGUAUAUAUGUAUACUAUGUAUUACUUUUAUAACCAUUAGUAUUUUCAUUCAUUAACUGUGAACCAUGCUAAUUUUAGUCUGUUUAUGGGUCCCAAACAUCCUGAGAUAUCAGUGUGUAAAAUAACGCAUAUCAAGUAUAUUAGUAUGGCCAUACUAAUUUCUAAAGCAAACAUUUGAAAUAUUAAAAAAAGAGCCACAGCUAAGCACCAAGCAUGUCAGGGGCUGGAGGCAGUGUUAUAGUGACCAACGAUCAAUGGCAGAAACACAGAACUGCCAUUUUUAAACAGCCGAGCGAGUAGUAGUAGUAGUUGUGUUUAGUGUUAGUGUUUUGAAAACUGGUAAAUAUGGACGUCAAAUCCAAGCAGCAGGGGUAUGAGGAUUAGAUCCAAUGUUUUCUGGCACUGCAGUCUUCAACUGAAAUUCAGUCGAAGUUAGAGGGAGCCUCUCGGACCAAGCCAGUGUUCGAAAUGAUCCAGUGGGAGAUGGCUGGGUAUGAGCGGAGCCUUGACCAACUUUCUAGUCCAAAAAGGACUAGAUGGACCAGAAAAGGGGGCUGGGACACAGCAGUGGUUGGCCAAAACAAUCCCCAUUAUGACCUGCUGCAUUCAGUGAUUCCAACUGAGGCUCUGAACUCUGCACAGCCAUGCGGGAGUUGAUGCAUGACGAGUCCGCCGUGUAGACCACUGAUCCUGAUCCUGGUAAGUUUUAACCUUCCUAUGAAUACGUUAGCUACAAUAGUCCCACAUCAAUUGAUGUGGGACUAUUGUAGCAUCAAUCAGUUGAUGUGGGACUAUUGAACGUUACACCAGCUAACGUGAUACGGGCACUGGCUAUUGUAAGCUAACAAGUCAUGAAACAACUCCUACUGAAACCUGAGAAAAGCAGCCGCAAUAUUUCAUUACACGACCUGUAUUCACAACUUCCCACAUUGUUACACAAUGACCUAUUCAAUCAUAUUACUGACCUAUAUGGUAAUCAUUGAAAUUUCCCUUGAAGAACCCAUUAAACUCUUUGCUAACACAUUCUAAUUUAUGUGUAGAUUAUGUUUUGCAUCAUUAAUACAAGUCUAAAAAAUCCAUCCUGCAGUUCAUCCAUGUCAGCCUCCUCCUCUCAACAGACCAAAUCAAGUACUAUGCAGACAUCAGCAUGAUCAGUAAACUUUCGGCCCAUACUAAAAUCACAAAAUACAACAUUUACUUUAAGUUAACUGGACAAGCUCUGGUAGACAAGCUCUGCGCUUUUCAAAGAUUCUUAAACACAUCAGCAGCAUAUGUUGUUUUUUUAACUGUCACACCAAGCUCGAUAGAUAAAUUGCACUACUGCAGCAGAUUGAAGUGUGCUUACAUGACGUGGGUACAUACAGUACUCACAAAAAAUUACUCAACUUUCAGGUGAAACUUAUGAAAAAUGUCAUAAGUUCUCAUCCACAUCACAACAAAUAUCUUCUCUUGCGAUUCAGCAUGGAAAGGAUCUUUUAGAGUGUCUUAUCCAGCCUCUCCAGGCAUCUGCUGUGACGUCAUCACACGCUGCAUCUAUGGCAGCAAGAAGGGUCAUCUGUGUGGCUGGAGAUCAUAUAAUUUCCAUCUCCAUCCUGAGAAAAAUUCCUGUUGGGUUAAGGAAUGGGGAGCAGGGUGAGAGGAACUCCAUCAGCAUCCUGUUGUGGGUCGCAAACAUCAUCAGGCAAUGGCCAACAUCAUCAGGCAAUGGCCUGAUGAUGUUGGAGCGAUGGAAACUGACAUUGUCCCAAACUAUCAUGAACACUCUUGUUCAGCGAUGAGAUCCCUGUAGAGAGUGACUAUAAAGGUGACAAGACAAUCUGUAUUGUAUGGUUCAAUAAUGGGAAUAUGCGGUAGCACACCAUUCUCAGAGAUAGCAGCACCCAUGUUUAUGUUCCCACCUCGUUGGCUUGGCACAUCAACUGCAGCUCAGUGGCUGAUGAUAUUUCGACCUCGCCUUCUGCGUUUCAUUAGGUUCAAGCCAGCCUCAUCUGUGUAGAUGAAGUUGUGCGUUCAUUUGCUUCCAGUUCCAUUAUAUGCUAUAUCCAGAAGGCACAAAAUGAGUUUUAUGAAUUACAUGCAUUUUCAUUUUGGACAAGAUACAGUUAUAUCAAAUGUAUACAGCACAUAUUGCAUCUUCUUUUCUACAGCCAUAGCAAAUGUGUAAAGUUCACACUUACUGUAUAAUGUUGUAGUGUUUACUGUGAGGUACAGUUACUGCAUGCUCAUACAUGUUUUAUCUUUACAUACUGGUAGCAGAGCUCCUUCACUCUUUCAUCAUUUCUUUCAAAUGGAACUCUAUACAACUGCUUCAUAUUGAUUUGUUGUCUUUUCAGCACCCUGUCAAUGGUUGAGAUGCUGACUGUUUGGAUGUUUUCAAAGAUGUUGUUGUCGUCUAUAAUGGCACUCUUUAUCUCCCUGAGUCUUAUGGCAUUGUUUUGUACAACCAUGGUGCAAAUAGCCUCCUCCUGUUCAGGUAUGAAAAAGGACCCUCUGCCACCCCUGUGAAGCUGUCUUGCAGUCCUAUGUGAAAAAAAUACAGCAAUGCAAAACACAAAAUUGAAUAAGAUAAAAUGUCACUGGGACUUCCUAGUCACGCUCAUCUGGUAUGGACGCAUUGUAAAGAGCUCUGCAGAGUCGGUGAUUAAAGUACCUCCGGGAGAUAACAAAGGAUUUCAAAUAGGUUGUAUUUUACAUCGUACAGGAGGGAAAUGUAUAAAACACGCAAGACUGAGAAGAAAACUUUGAAGGCAAGUGAGAACGCCGAAGAAACUGAAUAUGCUAGCGACGAGGAGGCUAACAAUGGGGAGGCUAAUGCUAACCUAGCCCUUCAGCAUGGUAGAUUGCUAGAAAGCAUUUCGUCGCUAACCAAGGAGAUACUGGAUUUUAAACGAGACAUCAAGCAAGAUCUGGGUGAAUUCAAAGAAGAUGUAACGAAGAAAAUACAAGAUGACUUGAAAGAGUUUAAAGACGAGAUGCUACAGAAACUUGAGAAACAGAAUGCUAACAUUGACGAGGCUCAGACACGCAUAGCAGACCUCGAAGCUGCAUGUAUUGGAAUGAAAGAUACCCUCCUCUCAACAAUCAAACAGAACAUGGAAAUGCGCAAUAAGCUUGUGGACUUGGAAGGACGUGGACGUAGGAAUAAUCUGAGAAUCUACGGGGUCCCAGAAGGUAAAGAGGGCAAAUCUGUACAAGAUUUUGUGUCAGAGUUGCUAAAAACACAUAUCAAGCUACCGGAAGGGGUUCAACUUCAAAUACAGCGAGCACACAGAGCACUCAUCUCUAAACCAGCUGCAACUGCCACUCCGAGAUCUAUUAUAGUAAACUUUUUACAGUUUCAAGUGAAAGAAAUGGUGCUUAGGAUGGCAUGGCAAACCAAGAUUGAGCUCGAUGGCAAACGUCUGUAUUUUGAUAAUGACUACACCUCCGAAACGAUGGAAAAACGCAAGGCAUAUGGGCCAAUUAAAACCGCAUUGAAAGAAAGAGGUGUCAGGUUUCAGACGCCUUAUACGAGGAUGAAAAUAUUCUGGGACAAUGGACUACGGAUCUACGACACAGCGGACGAAGCGGCGCAGGAUUUGACCAGGAGAGGAUUCAAGCUGACAUGGACAAAGAGAACGGACCAAAGGGGAUCGAUGGAGGACAGACUGGCGGAACUGAUGCCGUGGACGCGUGUUGGAGCGGAGGACCGCGUGGGACUCCGAGCGCGCGGGAGGCUCACUGAGUUUCGACGUACCCCAGUGUGAAACAAACAAAGAUAAGCACACUAAACAUAUUUUACACUAAAGACAAUGUAAUGAGUAAGCCACAACUCGAAAGUAAUCUUUUCUAUGUUAAAAUAGCCUAUGGUAAAAUGAAUAGUUUAAGAAUAGAUAUUCUAUUAACAACUGGAUAAUAAAAGAAAACCGACUAGAGACUCACUAAUUGUUGGACAUGUCUAAUAAGGAAGAAUCACCACUGGUUUGGGACUUCCCUUAUUUCAGAGAGGGCCCCCAUGGCAACAUGGUACAUUACCCUUUACCCACCAACAGGGACCCACAGGAAUGUUUACAAUCCUGUCUUUUGGAAGUUCCAUUGUUCUGUGUUUACUCUUUGUUAAUUUGUUUGUUUGUGUUCGGGACACAGGGAGUGAGACAGCAAAUGUUACCUUGAUUAUUUAAAUGAUGGAAAAUAUAAAAAUACUGUCGUUGAAUGUGAACGGGCUUAACAAUCCUAUAAAACGAAAGAAAGUAAUGUCUGUAAUGAAAAAGGAAAAAGCACAAAUUGUUUAUUUACAAGAAACCCAUUUAUCGAAAGAAGAAAAUGAAAAGUUAAAAGGAUUUGGCUACACUAAACUUUACUAUAGUACAUAUCGACAUACGCACAAACGGGGUGUAACGAUUCUUAUACAUAACACUGUUAAAUUUGAAUGUCACCAAGAAAUUAACGACAAAGAGGGGAGAUAUGUCAUUGUAAAAGGUGUACUAGAAAAUGAAAAAGUAACUAUGGUCAAUGUUUACGCUCCACCUAAUAGUAGCAAUCUUUUUUUUAGAAUGCUUACUAACAAAAUUAUAUCUGAAAUAGAAGGAAUAUUGAUUUGGGGUGGGGAUCUUAAUAUUCUGAUGAACCAUAAUCUUGACACCACAAACAAAAAAAAAAACCACAAGAAUCCAAUCUCUAAAAAAAUUAAAUUCACACUUGAAGAAUUUGGAAUUGUAGAUGUCUGGCGGGAACUAAACCCAAAUAAAAAGACUACACCCACUACUCUGCACCAAAUAAAAGUUACUCACGUAUUGACUAUUUUUUUCUAAAUAAAUUGGAUUUAUAUAGAGUGAAGGAAUGCAAAAUUGAAGAAACAACUUUAUCAGAUCACUCCUUGUUGACAUUGUCAUUAAAAUUUAAUACAAGAACACGUAACACAUUAUGGAGACUUAAUGUAGGAAUCUUGAAUAACAAAAUGAUUAAGGAGGAAAUUAAAAUGGAUAUUAAAAGGUACUUAGAAGAAAAUGAUAAUGACGAAGUUAACCCGACCAUUUUGUGGGAUGCUUUAAAAGCCGUUACAAGGGGGAAACUCUUCUCCAAGACGGCAGCACUCAAAAAGACAAAAAUAGAAAAUUAUGAAAAAGAAAAAAUAAAGCUGAGAGAGCUGGAGAAUCAACAUAAAAAGACUUUAAAUCCAGACUUGCUGCCAAAACUUAAAGAGAUAAGAUCCAAUAUUGACAAAAUAAUUACAUCAGAUAUUGAGAAGAAAACCAAAUUUCUUAAGCAAUCCUAUUACGAAGUGGGCCCCAAAGCAGCUAGACUACUAGCAAGAAAGCUUAAAAAACAACAAACAGAAAGAACUAUUUAUAAACUAAAGAAGGACAAAAUAGAUGACUUUACAUAUGAACCCAAAGAAAUUGAAAAAAUAUUUAAAAAUUAUUAUGAAACGCUAUAUACUCAACCACCCAGUGCAGACAAAGAACAAAUUAAAACAUUCCUACAGUCAUUAGAUCUACCCUCUAUUGGAAAAAAACAAAAUGAUCUUUUAACAUCACCAAUAACAAAGAUUGAAAUAGAAAACGCAGUUGGUAGGCUCAAAACAAACAAAAUGCCCGGCAGUGACGGAUUACCAUCCGAAUGGUAUAAAUCAUUUGGUGCUGAACUUAUACCAUUGUUACAAUCAUCAUUCAACUAUACAUUAGAACAAACGGUUCUUCCUCCAUCGUGGAGCGAAGCAAUUAUAACAGUCAUUCCUAAAAAGAAGAAAAAUGAGACUUGUGCAGAUUUUAGACCCAUAUCGAUACUUAAUGUAGACUACAAAAUUUACACCUCUAUUCUCGCAAAACGAUAUGAACAAUUUGUUGGCGAUCUUAUAGAUGAAGACCAAACUGGAUUCAUCAAGGGUCGACAAACGAAGGACAAUAUUAGAAGGACUCUUCAUAUCAUAGAUUAUAUUACAAAGGAGAAAAUUAGUGCGGUACUAGUAGGCCUAGACGCAGAGAAGGCCUUUGACAGCGUUAACUGGGUUUUCUUGUAUGAAGUUCUAGAGAAAUUUGGUUUUAAUGCAAAAGCUGUUCAAUCUGUCAAAACACUCUACCAAUCACUCACAGCCCGAAUCAAAGUUAAUGGCAACUUAACAGACAAUAUACAAUUGAAACGUUCAACUCGCCAGGGAUGCAGCCUAUCCCCAACCCUUUUUGCAAUUUAUAUAGAACCUUUAGCUCAAUUUAUUAGACAAAAUCAAAAUAUCAGGGGUAUACAAAUUGGUAAUGACUCACACGUUGUCGGACUUUUUGCAGAUGAUGUAAUCUGUUAUUUGAAAGACCCAGAAAUAUCUUUUCCCACUCUAAUUCAAAAUUUGGAAAUGUAUGGUUUUUACUCUGGAUACAAAUUAAACUUGGCUAAAACACAAAUAUUAACAAUGAACUACUCUCCAUCAGAAUUUAUAAGGAAAAAAUAUAUAUUAAGUUGGAAUUCCAAGAAUAUGUCAUAUCUAGGAGUCACAUUAACCAAACAAAUUGAGAAACUUUAUGACGCCAAUAUCCCCAGGGUGGAUCAAGAAAUUAGGAAUGAUAUAGCAAGAUGGGACCUUCUCACUCUGGACUUGAGUUCCAGAAUAGAGGCUAUUAAAACAAAUGUUCUGCCACGUCUCCUUUACCUUUUUCAGGCACUUCCCAUAGAAAUCCCAGAAAAACAAUUCAGGCUAUGGGACAAACUUAUAUCACGAUUCAUUUGGAAUGGUAAAAAACCAAGAAUCAAAUUUGAAAAAUUACAAAUAGUAAAAGAUAAUGGAGGAAUGGCUCUGCCCAAUCUCAAAGAAUAUUACCAUUCAGCUCAGUUAACUCCCAUAAUGAAUUGGUGUGAUGAAAAUUAUGUUUCAAAAUGGAAAAAUAUUGAACAAAUUAUACAGGGAAGAAAAAUAUCCAGUAUUUUGGCAGAGACAGAACUAAUCAAGAACAUUCUCAAACAAGUAGACAAAGUGACUUGUUUCACACUGGAAAUGUGGCUAAGUAUACUACGAAAAUAUAACCUAAAAAAAGAACUUCCUUUACUUCAGUGGCCGGCUUAUGAUAAACACUUUAUCCCAGGUACUCAUGAUCAUACAUACAAACAGUUAAGUAAAGGCAUAACAGCCUGGUGUGUAUUGAUUAAGAAUGGCAACUUUAAGAGUUUUCAAGAGUUAAAACAAGAAUUUGACUUAACUAAUCAAGAUCACUUCCGCUACUUACAAUUAAGGGAUUUCUACGACAAAAAAAUCAAAAACAAUGUGAAUCUUCUAAACAAUGAUAUUGUAAAAAUGAUAGUUGAAAUAUACCAUUCCAAAAGAUACAGACACUUAUCUUCUCUUUAUAAACAUUUAAUGAGGAGGAGAAGUUGUAAUACUUUAGACGUGAAGCAGAAAUGGGAGAAAGAAUUAAGUGUUGAUAUUUCAGAGGAGGAAUGGUUCAAUAUUUGGAGAAUUCAACAAUCAACCACUUCUUCUAGAAUUUGGAGGGAGCAUUGCUGGAAAAAUAUAAUACGAUAUUUCAUAACCCCUAAAAUUACAGCUAAAUAUGUAUCCAGAGUACAACCUUGUUGGAGAGAAUGUGGAGAGGUUAAUGUGCAUCAUGCACAUAUUUUUUGGUUAUGUCAUAAACUUACACCAUUUUGGAAUGAUGUCCAUUUAACAAUUGUUAAAAUAUUGGGAUAUUCAAUUCCCAAUACAUGCUUGGUAAUGUAUUUUGGUUCUAUUAUUAUUAACGAAGUAAAUAAAAAUGAUAGAUAUUUAUUAAAAAUACUUCUUGCGGCUUGCAAAAAGGCCAUUACUAAAAAAUGGUGCAAAUUGGAACCACCCACAAUCAAUGACUGGCUACAAAUUGUUUCUGGAAUAUUAGAGAUGGAAAUUUUGACUCACAGACUAAGAACUCAAGAAGAGCAAUGUCAAGACAAAUGGGAAAAAUGGACUGUUUUCACUUCAACGCUAGACUGAAAAAUUGAAAGGAAUAAGUUCAUGCAUCUAUUGUAUUCUGGUUUGAAAGAGCUGUGCCCGAUUUUUUUUUUUUUUUAAGAGUUGCGGGGUCACCCAUGUUUUGGAAGACUCUUUUCUGGACCAGGCUCAUCUCGGACUUUCCCGGUGCUUUUGCGGCUUCGGGAUUCUUCACAGGGAUGAUUUUGAGCCCGGGAUUGGCAACUUUUGGGGAGGAGGGCUGUGACUUCGGUGUGGAGAAUGCCAACUACAGUGAUAGUUUAUGACUUAUUGAAGAACUUUGAGGCCAAUAUUUUUUGACAGAUGUCUCUCUUUACUAUAUACUAAGGGCAAAACAAAUUUUAUUUCAGUAUCAGAAAUUAAGGGAGAUUGGCUAUAGCUCCUUCAAUUCAAUUUGCUUUUUUAUUUCAAAUUUUGAUCUGAUUAUGCUGUAUAUGUCUCAUUAUGUCCCUGGUGUCCCACAUGUUAGAUUGUUUUUUUCUUUCUUUGUAUAUGUAAAAGAUAACAAAAAUAAAGUGUUAAAAAAAAAAAAAAAAGAUAAAAUGUCACUGUAUAAAGUAUACUUACUGCAUAUUGUAAAAUGCAAGUGGAAUACUGUAAUAUUGUAUGAAGUAUUUCAGAAAGUAUACAGGGAAACUACACCUAUGAUCUCGUUACCAACGUGUUGGUUUGGGACCUAAGGAAGCUUAACCCCCUGAAGCUUCCUUAGUUGCAAGGCAGUCUUAGUAUGCAGGCAGGAGCCCCCAAACCUGAAGAGAUUCCCUCUCUCAACACUGAUCAAAAGAUACAUCAGCUGGCCAUAUCAAGCCUUAAAGUGAGUCACCUUGACAUGUAUGGAGAGAAGUACAAGCCAUUUUAAAGGGGCCAAAUAUGUGACGAAAGCAGGGAAAUUACAAGUUUGGACCUAAGUGACAACUAUCAGAGGCCAAUGGUUGGCAAUUGAAUUGAAUUGAAUUGGGUCUGCACGGUGGCUUGGCGGUUAGCACUUUUGCCUUGCAGCUAGAAGAUCCCCAGCCUUCCCGGAUCUUUCUGCAUGAAAUUUUCAUGUUCUCAAUGUGCAUGUGUGGGUUUUGUCCAUGUACUUCUCCCACAGUCUGAAAACAUGCUCAGGUGAAUUGGUAACUCUAAACUGUCCAUAGGUAUGAACACGAGUGUGACUGUCUGUAUAUGUAGCCCUGUGAUAGACUGAUGACCUGUCUAGGGUGUCCCCUGCUUUCGCCCCAAGUCAGCUGAGAUGGAUGGAUAAAUUUAAUUGAAAAGGGUGUUUCAUUCUUGAGCCUUAUGCUUGACUCUGGUGGCAUGACAAAAGUCAAGGUCAUGGCAUGCAAAGACGUCCACGUAGGUAUUGAGACUCUGUGUGACUGUCUUUCCAUUCCUCUGGCAGGGGUGAGUCACCAGAAUCAAAAUCAACCCAGUCUCAGUAGGCUUGCUGGGGGAUUGAGCAACUUGCAGCAACAGAGACUGCGUUAGGAGGGCUUUGAGUUUCAAAAACCUCUUCUGGUCCUCUCUUCUUUCUAUGCACAGUCUGCAGGUCAGCUCAGAAAGGCUUGCACUGAAGAUCAAAUUCCCUGACUGGUAAGGAGUUAAUCCUUUAGUGGCCAUGCAAUUUUAUGCUGGUUACACUUUACACUAUUAUAUAUCUUUGCUGUUCUUUGUUAGAAGGGGUUGGGUGAACCACCCCCUACUUUUAAAUUCUCCAAAAGUACUGUAAAAACUCUUGCGUGAUGGUUGCAGGGUGUUUGCCAAUAUUAGCAUGUUGCAAACUUCCUCUCCUGCCAAGGAGGUAGUUUACAACUGGGAAUACACUGUUAAUUCAGCAGUUUAGUUAACACAUUUGCUUUUAAAGAGCCCUCUAUACUGCCUUCACUCAUUCACAUUUUUAACCCCAUCUGCACAUUCCCACCUUAAUGUUUCAUGUUUGGCCACACUGUCCUUAUGGCUAGGACCACCCCAAACAUACUAGACGCCAUCUGAUGAGAUUUAUGGUGGUUUAAUCUGUUGUGGAGUAUUUUCUGACUUCCAAAUUCAUUGCAUAAAUGCUUUUCACA